GAUCUAACAACACAUUGAUGGGCUACUCACAGCGCAGUUGAUGGUGCAGAUCACUUGAAAUGCGGCUGUGCGUAAACCUUUACGCCUUAACUCAGUGACAGGAGACAUGUCUGCUGAGAAGCCGAACGAGUCCGGGGCUCGCGUUGCCACCAGGAUAGACCCGGCCAAAGCGGGUCUUUCCAAUGAGCAGCUGUAUUUUAUCAGACAGGCAGAGCUGGAACAGUGGAAGAAGAACACGCAUAAGCUGCGGGGGCGAAAUAUUGCGACAGGACUCGCCAUCGGAGCGAUCGUAAUGGGCAUCUACGGGUACACCUUCUACUCCGUCUCCCAGGAGCGGAUCUUGGACGAAAUCGACGACGAGGCCAAGCGUUCAAGAAUCCUGGCACCAAAGAAUGGUGCCAACUGAGAAGCAUGUUGGAGUGUGUUUCUAUGCUGCACUUGAAUGAGACGGGCUCUACUGUUUGUGGACACUGAUGCCACACGUUGAUGUUCUAUGACAAGCUACUGUUCUGGACUUUGCUUUGUCUCUGUUGGUAAAAGUCGUUUAAGUGGCCUGUUCUACUGACCUGAAACUAGAUACAUGUCUUAUUGUUGAUUAAACUGAAGGGAAGAAAAAUAACAACACAUUUCUUGCCCACAUUUCCAAGCGAGGUCCCGAUUGUGGCUACAGGAUGAGGAGAUCGUCCAUAAUUUAGUGAGCAAAGUGUCAUCUUCUGUGGCCCUUGAAGAGAGAAUGUCAGUGAUGUCCUAAUGACACACAGAUCCACCCGUUGAUGCUUAUGAACCAACCAUUUGUAAAAUAAAAUUUACUUUGAUUUGGUACCUGAA